AUGCCAAUGAAGGUAGACGUGCUGGAGUCGACGCUCGUGGCGCCCAGCGAGAAGACGCCGCGGUUCGGGCUGUGGCUCUCCAACCUCGACCUCGCCGCGCCCAGGUCGCACACGCCGCUGGUCUACUACUACCCGGCGCCGAUGCCGGGCGGCGGCGAGGACUUCUUCUCGCCGCAUCGGCUGAGAACGGCGCUGGCGAGGGCGCUAGUGCUCUUCUACCCGCUGGCUGGGCGGCUCGGCGUGGACGAUGGCGGGCGGCUGCAGGUCAACUGCAAUGGCGAGGGUGCGCUCUUCGUCGUCGCAGGGGCCGACUGCGCCGGCGAGGACCUCUUUGGAAACUACGAACCGUCGCCGGAGCUCAGGCGCAUGCUCGUUCCGUUUGCGCCGGCUGGUGACCCCUGCCUUCUGGCCAUGUUUCAGGUGACGUUCCUCAAGUGCGGCGGAGUGGUGCUGGGCACGGGAAUCCACCACGGGACAAUGGACGGCAUAGGGGCGGCGCAUUUCAUCCAGACAUGGACAGGUCUGGCGCGUGGCCUCAGCGUGUCCGAGGCAUGUCCAUCGCCGCCCUUCCACGACCGCACGCUCCUUGGCCGGCGGUCUCCACCGCACGUCGACUUGGACCAUCCGGUAUAUUCUCCGGCAUACCUCACCGGCCACCCGCGCCACUUCGAGACACGCCUCUACUCGGUCUCUCCAAAGCUCCUCGCGGACCUCAAGUCGCAGUGCGCGCCAGGAGUCUCCACCUAUGGUGCCAUCGCCGGGCACCUCUGGCGUUCCAUGUGCGUCGCUCGCGGGCUUGCGCCGGACUCCGACACUAGGCUUCGAGUGACCGCCAACGUCCGGCACCGGCUGCGCCCGCAGCUCCCGCGCCAGUUCUGCGGCAACGCCAUCCUGCGCGACCUCGUCACCGUCAAGGUCGGCGACGUCCUGGCUCAGCCCUUGGGGUUCCUGGCCGACUCGAUUAGGAAGGGGCUGGAGGACAUUGACGACGCGUACGUGCGGUCGGUGAUCGACUACCUGGAGCUGGAAUCCGGCGAUGGCGGCCUGCAGGCGGCGCCAGGGCAGCUUAUGCCGGAGUCGGACAUGUGGGUGGUGAGCUGGCUGGGGAUGCCCGUCUACGACGCCGACUUCGGCUGGGGCGCGCCGCGGUUCGUCGCACCGGCGCAGAUGUUCGGCAGCGGCACCGCGUACGUGAUGCAGCGCGCCAACAGGGACGAUGGUAUCGCCGUGCUGUUUGCUUUGGAGCCCCAGUACCAGCAGCACUUUGAGGACGCCUUCUAUGGCGAGUGA